AUGAAUCACUCACAUCCAGAAGAAACUUACUAUUGCCCGUCAAUAUGGCCAUUAGACAUGCCGUCGCCCCAUUUGAUCACUUGGUCGUUUUUUACCGCCCUUUUGUCACCAAUCACCAUCGUCUCGAACGCAGCACUAAUUUACGGACUUUACAAAAUGGAGCAGCUAAACACGAUCACAAACAAAUUCAUUCUCGUGAUGAAUAUAUCAGAUCUUGGAACUGGAAUCUUUGUUCUGCCAUCAAUAGCUGUAAUGGCAGCUUUAAAGGACAAGUACCGAAACUGUGUGUUUGAACUGGUUCUUCAUUAUGGCGCCUUUCUUCUCGCUUAUUUCUCCUUUUUCAUGUUGAUGUGCGUAUCUAUGGAUCGUUAUCUUCACGUGACGAAGCUCAAAAAGUACAAUAAGUUCAUGAACGAAUUUCGCAUGAAGGUGAUCGUUGUGUUUAGCUUCGUAACCUCGGCAAUAAUCGCUUACAUAUCGAUCGCGUUUCCUUCUUUUCCUCUGCAAGUCGUGUUGAAUUUAUCCAAUCUGUUUGGUGUUCUGUUUAUGUUCAUCUUGUAUUCGAUGGUGUUUCGCAGAAUUGCCACUCAUGCGGAGAAAUUUAAGAGAAUGCUGAGAGAUGCCGGAGAAGAUUCGG